AGAUGCGCGGUGUGUCCGUUCGCCAAGUGGAGGUGCAUGGUGGUCGGCCAUCAUGGUUCGCGGGUAGUCGCCUCUACAGGGCUGGUGCUCAGCAACCCCAUUUCGGGUCCCAGAACAUCGCCAGAGACUAGGGCAGUCGGUCGCGCUAAACCAUUGCUACAGGAUUUCGACGCUCUUGGAGCAUGGUUUGAUGGUGUCGCGGCGAUCAACACAACCACCUCUGUCUCCUCUUCCAGGAAGAACGCUACUAUCGCGAUUGUCGGUGCCGGCAUCUCUGGUCUCGCUACAGCACUGAUGCUUGACAGCGUUGGUGUGCACAACUGGGAGAUCAUCGAGGCAAGCGAUCGUGUCGGGGGACGGUUCCGAACCAAGUACGUUGGUGGAACGCAAGAGUGGGCGGAGAUGGGUCCUAUGCGUCUUCCUCACUCGAUUACAUACAAGGACGGUGAGACCAUUGAAUACAGCGACCAUCAAAUGGUCUUCCAGUUGGCCAAGAUGCUGAACGAGAUGAAUGCGAACGAUCCGCAAUUCAAAGUCGACUUCAUUCCAUGGGUUCAACAUCACCCGAACGAGAUCCUCGGCCUAGGAACUGGCAGACUUCCAAAUGGACAACUUCCAACGCGAGCGGAGAUUCAAGCAAACUCGUCUCUUGGGCGACCAGCACCACUGGACACGCAGGAGUAUACCGAAACAAAGCAGCGCAUGAACGAGCUUCUGAAGUCGAAGGACAGACUCAAGGCCGUACAACGCGAUGUAUGGCGCGAACACAAGAAGGCCAUGGACCAAGGUCUCGACGAUUGGAGCGAGCAGGCCAUGAUGCGCCACGUCUUUGGUGCAAGCGAGAACGUCACAGACGCUAUCUGGACAGCGAGCGACUACGACGUCUUCUGGGAUGAGUUGGUGCAUAACUCGAAUCUUGCGCAGGACGGUGGACCGGAUGCACUUGGCAUGACUGAAUGGAAGUGUGUAGACGGGGGCUUUAACAGACUGUCCAAUGCGUUCCUUCCCCAUGUCAGCGGCCGUCUCACCCUCAAUCGUAAGGUCAGAAAACUGGAGGCUGUCGAAGACGGCGAAGGUCACACACAUACGAGACUGUCGUGGUAUCCCAGUGUCAGCAACCGAACAUACGAGUCGAAAGAAUACGACUAUACGAUCAUGGCAGUGCCAUUUACCAUGACACGCUUCAUGUCGCUUCCAAAAUUCUCCUCCGUGCUCGGUCGCGCGAUCAGCGAAGCUGGCCUCCGUUUUAAAUCCGCCUGCAAAGUCGCGCUCCUCUUCAAAGAACGCUUUUGGGAAAAGGGCGACCGUCCCAUCUUCGGCGGGUACUCCACGCCACCCAGUGUAGCCGUCGGCGCUCUAUACUAUCCUGUCUACGGCCUCAACGAAUCUCGCCCAGGCUUGAUCAUGCAUUACCGGGGUGGCCACUGGAGCGACGAGUUCAUGACCUUCUCAGACGAGGAAUACGUUCAGACUGUGUUGGAUGCUGUUGUCAGCGUGCAUGGCGAGCAAGCAAGAGAGCUGUAUACUGGCGACUACGAGAAGCUGUGUUGGCUGCAAGAUGAACAUACGGGAACUGCUUGGUGCCGUCCGGAUGUGAUGCAGCAUAAGUUAUAUAUUCCGGCAUACCACCAGACGGAGCACAAUACCAUCUUCAUUGGGGAGCAUACGGCCCCGACGCAUGCUUGGGUCAGUUCGUCGCUGCAUUCGGCUGUUAGGGGUUCUGUGCAGUUACUGCUUGAGUUGGGUAUGGUGGACGAGGCGAAGCGAGUCAAUGAGGAGUGGAUGGGCAGGUGGAUUCAGCAUACAAUCACGUAGGAAGUCAAGAAUUUGAGCAUCAAUUUAUAUGGAGUGCAAUAUAGGUCACAUGUAGCAAAUUAGUGGUGGAUGUAGAUACACAUAGGGGGAAAUGAGGGAUACAACAUCAAAGCUAUC